GGCGCCUUAUCCGGCCCACUUUAACUACUAUAAGAUAUUUGGAAUUAGGGCUCCGUUCUCCACGCUGCAUCGGGCAUCACCUUCCUUUCUUCACCCCAGGAGGCUGCGCUCGGCCCUGCGCAACCAUGAUCAUCCCCAAGAAGAAUCGCCAUGAGAUCUGCAAGUACCUAUUCCAGGAGGGGGUGCUUUACGCCAAGAAGGAUUUCGACCUUGCCAAGCACCCGGAGAUAGACGUGCCGAAUCUUCAGGUGAUCAAGCUGAUGCAGAGCUUCAAGUCGAGGGAAUUCGUGAGGGAGACCUUUGCAUGGCAGCACUACUACUGGUACCUUACCAAUGAUGGUAUUGAGCACCUAAGAACUUACCUUAACCUUCCCUCUGAGAUUGUCCCUGCUACACUGAAGAAAUCUGCAAGGCCGCCCGCUCGCCCAUUUGGCUCUGGCCCUCCUGGUGACCGCCCAAGGGGGCCACCACGGUUUGAGGGAGAUAGACCGAGGUUUGGGGACAGAGAUGGAUAUCGUGGAGGUCCUCGGCCCGGAGGACCACCAGCCGAGGCUGGUGACAAGGGUGGUGCACCUCCUGAAUUCCAGCCUUCUUUUAGGGGUUCUGGAGGUAGACCUGGUUUUGGCCGUGGUGGUGGAGGAUAUGGAGCUGCUCCUCCAUCUUCUUCUUUUCAGUGAAUCUUGUAGCCUGACAUUGUACCUGUUCUCUUCAGGAAAUCAAGCUUUUGAGUCAGUGUUUUUUGUUUCAGUGAUGACGACUUGUUGAAUUGGCUGUAGUUUGUAAUAUUUGCAGUUCUGGCGUUAUUGGAAGUUGAGUUAUAUCUUAUCUUUGA